UCCCAUCGGCGCCCUCCGCACCUCCGGUGACGCUAUUGCCUCUUUCCUCAACCGUGAAGAUGAAACGACUCGUGAUAUGUGUCUCGUCAGUCCUGCUACCCUCCAUCGCUCCGGCUGGCUCGAUUCGUUCCCACCACAACUCCUCACCUCCGCGACCCAUCACAUCCGCUGCUGAUCCAGCACCAAACGCACCACCCUCUUUCUCACACACGGCGUCUCGACCAUUUUUGCCGUCUCUAUGGCUUUCGCGCUGCACUUCGCCAUUGGUGGCGCGCGGGGAUCGCAGUCAGCCUUCAGCUCCGGCUUCAGCCCAAGCAUCCAGUCUCUAGCCAAAGUGGUGGAUGACUCCGCAACCUCAUCUUCCAUCCUUCCCACCCUGAUCGUGGCCAACUUGCCCCAGGUCGUCUUUUCGUGCAUCUAUCUCUUGCAUAACAAUCUCUUUACUCACUAUGCCCUCGCCCACGAAUGGGACAAUUUCGCAGCCCGCCGGAAAGGAUUGAGAGUUUCGGAUAUGCCUCGAGGCGCGCAGAGGUCUACGUGGUUCUUGAGCUUGCCGGCGCGGUACUCGAUCCCGCUCAUGGCUUUCUCGGCACUGCUGCACUGGCUACUCUCCCAGAGUCUCUAUCUAGUGCGCAUAGACGGUGUCAACAGCCUAGGGGAGGUGGACGAGCACGACCGGAUCGCGCGGCUGGGCUACAGCUCUACAGCCAUUGUAUGCGUGAUUGUUGGCGUGACGGUCGGGAUAUUGGCCACGCUGGCGUUUGGCGCCUUCACCUGGCUAGGGUCGGGGAUCUUGGUCGGGAGCAACAGCGCUCUGAUCAGUGCUGCUGUGCAUCCUAUUGCGGACGGAGAGCAGAGGCGCCAAAUGCAGUACAAAGAGGUCAUGUGGGGAGAUGUUUCGGGGGUAUACAGGGACGGGAUGGAAGGCGAGGUAAGGCGGGCGGCGUUCAGCAGCGGGAUCGUGAGGUCAUUGAUUGAUGGGCAUGUAUAUGCUUGAGGUCUAUUGGCAUUUAGAGCGGAAG